UCCCUCUGUAGCGGGAGCGAGCGGGGCCAGGCCGGGAGGCGGAGGCGGGGGCCGGGCCGGAGCAGCCGGCGCGGGGCCCAUGGCAGCGCCGGCCUGACCCGCCCUCGCGGUCCCUGCGCGACUCUCCCGCUCCCUCGUCUCCCUGCGCGGCACCAUGUUACCCAGCCAGGCCGGGGCCGGGAACGGCGCUGCCGCCCUGCCCCGCGGCUCCGGCAUGGCCAUGGCCCGGGCCGCCUCGGGCCGGCCGGGGGCCGGGGCGCCGCGCGGCGCGAACGGCGGCGGAGCGGGGCCCCGGGGCCCUGGCAACGGCGCGGGGCUGGCGGGGGGCCGCUUCGAGCGGGAGCGGGACGCGGCGGCGGCCGGGGCCGGGCCCGGGCCGCUCUACAGCGGCAGCGAGGGCGACUCGGACUCGGCGGACGAGGACGAGCUGGGCAGCGGCGAGCGGCGCGGCCUGAAGCGGAGCCUGGGGGACGUGGAGCUGGGGGUGGUGGUGGGGCCCGAGGCGGCGGCGGCGGCGGCGGCCGCGGGCUACGGCGGGGUGAGCGGGGCCGUGAGCGGGGCCAAGCCCGGCAAGAAGACCCGGGGCCGGGUCAAGAUCAAGAUGGAAUUUAUCGACAACAAGCUGCGGCGCUACACCACGUUCAGCAAGCGGAAAACCGGCAUCAUGAAGAAGGCCUAUGAGCUCUCCACCCUGACGGGCACUCAGGUGCUGCUGCUGGUUGCCAGCGAGACGGGCCACGUGUACACGUUUGCCACGCGGAAGCUGCAGCCCAUGAUCACCAGCGAGACGGGGAAGGCGCUGAUCCAGACGUGCCUGAACUCCCCGGACUCCCCGCCCCGGUCCGACCCCACCACCGACCAGCGCAUGAGUGCCACAGGCUUCGAGGAGACCGACCUCACCUACCAGGUGUCGGAGUCCGACAGCAGCGGCGAGACGAAGGACUCGCUGAAACCUGCGUUCACAGUUACCAACUUGCCGGGGACGACGUCGGCCAUCCAGACGGUGCCCACCACCUCCACGUCCAUGCAGGUCAGCAGCGGCCCCUCCUACCCGAUCACCAACUACCUAGCGCCCGUCUCUGCCAGCGUCAGCCCCAACACCGUCACCAGCCCCAACGGGACUGUGCUCAAAACCACCGGCACCGGCGCCGUGGCCUCCGGAGGGCUCAUGCAGCUCCCCAGCGGCUUCACUCUCAUGCCAGGUGCUUCGCUCCCUCCCGGGACCCCCACCAUUCCUCUCGCCCAGUUACAGCCGCACUCGCUGGCCCUCUCCAGCCAGCAGGGGCAGGCGGGCACCGCUGGACAGCUGCAGCAGGCACAGCAGACGGUCUUCCGCUUCCCCGCCACAGCCGGAGGGCAGAUUGUGUCUCUGACAGGCGGCACCGUGACGCAGCAGGUUCCCGUGCAGGCCAUCCAGGUGCAUCAGGCCCCACAGCAAACGUCUCCAUCCAGCGACAGCAGCACCGACCUCGCCCAGACCUCUUCCAGUGGAACAGUGACGCUGCCAGCGACGAUCAUGACUUCGUCUGUGCCAACCACAGUGGGAGGUCACAUGAUGUACCCCAGCCCUCACGCCGUGAUGUAUGCGCCCACCUCAGGCCUGGCAGACGGGGGCCUGACCGUCCUCAAUGCCUUCUCCCAGGCGUCCUCGGCAAUGCAGGUCUCCCACGGACAGGUCCAGGAUCAGGGUGCUGUCCCCCAGGUGUUCCUGACGGCCCCAUCGGGCACUGUUCAGAUUCCGGUCUCAGCCGUCCAGCUUCACCAGAUGGCUGUCAUUGGCCAGCAGUCCAGCAGCAGCAGCAACUUGACCGAGCUGCAGGUGGUGAACUUGGACACGUCCCACGGCGCCAAGAGUGACUGAGAGGCCCUGUGGUGCCCCGGCCUGGGAACUGCGGCAGCUGCUGCCAGCCGGGUGCCGUCUCUGGCCUCGCCAGCGCCGGGAUCGGCUGCGAUUCCCUCUCGUACGGACUGCGUCACUUAUUUAUUGUUGCCUUUUCACGUUUCCUUCACACACACACACGCACGCACACACGAGGCGCGGGGUGGAGCUGAGCCGGGGCUGGGCUGCGUUGGGACGCUGCGUUUCCUGUGCUUUUCUCACUCCAGCCAAAGAAACUCGGCCCUCGAGGGCAGGGCUCCCCCGCCGUGUCAGUAAACAACCUGGUGUCUGCCCGGCUCCUUGCCGUCGGACCGGGUGUCUCCAGCUGCUGUUGGCCAGGAGUAUUCGCACCGAGCAGGGCACGGGCCCAGCGACGCGACGGGAGCAGCCCCCACCGAAGGAGCUCUCUUCCCAGGUCCAGGUCUCACUCCCA